GUUUCGGCGGAGGGGUUUCCGGCGUUGACGGAUCAUCACAUGACUUCUCCCUGGCCAGGGGCUUCAGGCCAGUAGGAACGGCAUGAACCUGGCAAAAAUUCUACAAAUUCCUUCAGCUUUCUUCCGUGGCCUGAGAUAUCGCUCUCCAUCGCCUUGAUUACCAUCAUCCGCUACGUUGGGGCACUGUUCGGCUAUCUGUACAGCUUCGUCCAGCGCCCUCUGCAGUAUGCUGUCGUCAUCGUCACCCUCCAUACCGCAAUUGUCUUGGCCCUCGACUGUUACGUCGCAUUCCCCUGGUCGCGUUUUUACACUUCAUGGCGCAGGCCACGAUGGGACAUUUUCUGGUCGAUGGCCAAACGGAGCUGCUGGUCAUUAGUCUACACGGGCAUGUUCUUGGUGGCGAACUUGAUGGGAAUUCGGAAUGAUUUCAUUGUAGAAUGGAUCUUGAAGCGGUACCAGGAGACGGUAACAUCGACCGACAUCACCGUGGUUGUCGGAGAACUUCCGCCCGAACCACCCAAGCAAGCAGUCGAGGACGCAAUGAACGCAACCGGAGCGGUGGCGGGGGAUGUGAAUGGGACGAUCGGAACACCCCACGAAAAUACGGGCAUAGGCAAGCACGAGAGCCAAGGGAACCCCCAGAGGCAACAAGCAAGGGCGCCCCACAACGUGGCGAGGCGGAAGCCGAAGCGCCAGAAACGUUAGUUGGGGUUGCGGUAGCGACUGGAGAUACCAUCCGGGCUGAGCGAAGGUAGAUUUGACAGCGGGACAUGGAUAUCAACCAGAUAACAUUAGCGAUAAGCGCUAUGAAUGUUGAUUAGUUGGCGACGAUACAUCAGGACCGACAAUUCAUUGGCACACUCUCCCU